UCUGCUAUCGCCUCUGAAUAGUAAGUAUUAUUUUAGGAAUGCUUGUCCAAGCUAUGGAGUCAGAUCAGAUUUGUUAUUAAAAUAAAUGAUUAUAAAGACUUGUGUGUGUGUUAUUUUUUCAUGAGAGCUUUUUUGCAGCUUUUCCUGGUUUGUUUAAAGAGUCAGUUGUUGUACCUGUUAUACUCGGAGAGCCAGUGGAGUGAGAAAGGCGUCUGGCAAACAUGGGCAACUUAUUCGCAAACCUUUUUAAAGUCUUCGGUAAGAAAGAGAUGAGAAUUCUUAUGGUGGGUCUUGAUGCUGCUGGAAAGACGACGAUUCUGUAUAAGCUGAAGCUGGGGGAGAUUGUUACCACCAUCCCAACAAUCGGUUUUAAUGUUGAAACUGUGGAGUACAAGAAUAUAAGUUUCACAGUUUGGGACGUCGGUGGUCAAGAUAAGAUUCGACCUUUGUGGCGCCAUUAUUUCCAGAACACACAAGGUCUGAUCUUUGUGGUUGACAGCAAUGACAGAGAGCGUGUGAAUGAGGCGCGAGAGGAGGUGAUGAGGAUGUUGGCUGAGGAUGAGCUCAGGGAAGCAGUCUUGCUCGUGUUUGCCAACAAACAGGACCUACCGAACGCCAUGAACGCUGCAGAAAUCACGGACAAGCUGGGGCUGCAUUCGCUCCGGCACAGGAACUGGUACAUUCAGGCCACAUGCGCCACAAGCGGCGACGGCCUCUAUGAAGGACUCGACUGGUUGUCCAAUCAACUGAAAAACCAGAAAUAACAACCUUAGUUCGAUAUUCUCAACACUUGCUUUACUCUUUUGUUUUUAAAGAAACGGUGCUGGAAGCUGCACUCAUUUCAAACCCCAUUAACACGGAAGAAUAGGGCCCUACAGUCACAGUGUUGCUCUCUCAUUUAAUGUAAAUCUUUUUUUGUUGUGAGGCAGCUUUUUGAGCACCAUUAUGCAAGCCUUUCGUCUUUUUUUCCCGUUCUUACUGCCCGAGUCAUUGGAAAGAGUUUUAAGAACGUCACUUCAGGUCUCAUUUGAAUCUUGCGCAUGUAUUAUUUUAUUGUGCUUCUAAUAAGACUCUUUCUUAGACGUACUGUAAACGAAGCUGUUAUGUUUGUCUUGAACGGAGUACGGGAAA